CUGGCCAACCUCACCGCAGAGUUCGCCUUGGUGAAGGACUGGAGAGCCAACGGCGAGGACAUCACUUCGGCGCCAGACACUCCUUGUUUUGACCGUUGUCAGACCCUGUGCACCCUAGCCGAAUUGGACUUUGGGAACUAUCUCCAAGCUCUGAGGACGAGUACCGACCGAAACGUGUUAUGCCACCACCCUCCUCCCCGCAUCGAAGACCACCUCAACGCAGACAAUACUGUUAAUUGGCGGAGUCUGUACGAAGCGGGCGAAGACUGCAGACGGAGGAUCCAACGGGAUCAUCGCAGUGGUCGGUUGACGAAUGAUAGGUUUCACCUAUUCUCGAACAUGAUCGACUGGUGGUUCGCAAGCUACGUCCGUGGCUGGGACCAACACAACAAAGCCAUACCGACACACUCUUCGAUCUCAGCUACAACCAGUGCUUUAAAAGCAGUCGCGAAUAGGUUGACAGUAGCGGAAACGUCCCCCCCCCCAGAACCGUACGAGCCAGGGAAGUGGGAUAUCAUCCCACACGAUGAGUGA